AUGUCGAGCAAUCCAGCCAACUCGGCUUCGGCGGCGUCUUCUUCCGCUGCCGCAUCUUCCGACGAAAGCCGCUGGAAGAAGUGGGGCAAGACGGCGUUCGACAAGUCGAUCGUCGUGUCGGACUGGGCAUCCGGUUACGCCAACUCGGCAUCGGCCAAGAUGGGCGGCGAGCGCUUCUGGCCCAAGAGUAACGACUUCCCCGAAGAGAUUGCCAAGUGCGAGCGCAUCCUGCGUGCCUUCACCGUGGAAGGCAUCGAGACCAAGCCCGCUGAAAGGAAGGACGCCUCGGAUCCUACCUGCGAUGCAGAGGCAGAGGCCGACGCGGAGGCCAAGAAGAAGGAGGGCUUCAUGCACAAGAAGCGCAAGGUGCUUCGCAAGAUCCCGCCUGCUGUCAUCAAGCGCGCCAAGGGUAUCGUCAUCUACACCGCCAUGCGCAGCGGUAUUGCGCCGUUUGGUGGUGCAGGAGGCGCCGGUCUCAUGCUCGCGCGCAUGCCCGAUGGAAGCUGGAGCGCACCCUCGUCCAUCAGCCCUAACAACCUCGCCGUCGGCCUGCUGCUCGGCUUUGACAUCUUUGACGUGAUCCUCGUGGUCAACACCGAGCGGGCCAUGGAGUCGUUCAAAUCGCACAAGGUGACGCUGGGUGCUGAAACCGCUGUUGCUGCCGGACCGUUCGGCACGGGCAUCAGUGGGGAGAUGGGUAUCGAUCGCAGCCCUGUCUUUUCGUACGUGCGUUCGCGCGGUCUGUACGGCGGCGUGGAAGCGAUGGCGCAGGCGUUCUUGCAUCGGUUCGACGAGAACGAGCGCAUCUACUACUGGCCCGGCAUCACGGCGGCGGAUAUCUUUGAGGGCAAGGUGCGCAAGCCGCCGAUGGUCGAUCCGCUCUACCGUGCGCUGCGCGAUGCCGAGACGGGUGUGGCACAGGGCGACUCGCUCGAGCGCUGGGUGUACGAGCCCGUGCAUGCGCCGCCCAACAUCGCGGUGCGCCAGCUACAGCAGCAGGAGUCCGCCGAGCUCCUCCAGGACGGCGAGAGGCUCAAGCUGCCCCCCACGCCCGAGGAGCUCGAGGCCAUGGAGGAGGCGGGCAUCCCGGAUGACUUUGACAUUGCACUCGAGAAGAGGGAGGCGGAAGAGGCGAGGAUCAGGGCAGAGCAGGAGCGCAGAGAGAUCUUUGCCCUCCCGCCUCCGCCGCGCCAUAAGCAGGUAGAUCGAUACUGGGAGUCGAGGGGCACAGUGCCGGGCGGAAAGAGGCGUGUCGCUCCACCGCCUUCGCCGCUGCAUACCGAGGCUGUCGUUGGCGGUCGCGUCCAAGCGCUAGGAGAGGGUGACUCAGAGACGGUCGAUCUGGGCGAGCAGGAGAAGCCACCACUGCCGCCGCGCAACGCCAAAGCCGUCGAGAGCCUCGCAGACGAGCUAGAGGCCACGGAUCUUCAGGACGACGUGCCCGCAUACGAGGCCGGGGAAGCGUCGAUGCCGCUGGAUACAGAACAGACGCCGUCGUCGCCAAUCAAGCCGUCGCUGGCCAAGGAGUUUGGAGAGGAAUCGAUGUCGAGGUCGAGUUCGCUUUCGCGGCCGUCGCGGCCACCACGACGUGCAGCACGGGCGGCGGCUGCGUCGGCAUCUGCUGAUCCAGCAAACCAGGCGGAAAGUGCAGCGCUGCAGAUCUUCAUCGACUGGGACGAGACGAUUACGGCUUCGGAUACGCUUUCGCUCAUUGCACCGCCGGAGGGCGAGCAGGAGCAUGGUCCGGCGUUUUCGCACUACACCGAGGCGUACCUGUCGGACCUGAAAGCGUACGAGACGUCGUUUGGCGAGCGGAGCACGUGGGACCGUCAGCUCGAGUUCCUGGACGAGAUGGACAGCGUCGAGGUGGAGUCGGUGACGCGCGUCCAGGACGGCGGCCUAUUCAAAGGCAUGACGCGAGCGUCGCUUCUCGACCGUGCGGAGAGUGUCGAAUUCCGCACGGGGUGGGAAGACUUCUACGCCUGGCUUAGCGAGCAUCGUGGUGUGGUUGCCGAGAUCAUCAGUGUCGGCUGGAGCGCGGCGUUUAUCCGACACGCCAUCGAGUCUCACUCGUCCACCUCCCGGGUGAUUAGAGAAAUUUGGGCGAACGAAGUCGAGAUGGACCAUGGUGUUGCCACGGGUUCACUCUCCAAGGCAGCAGCGACGCACAUUCGAACAGCACACGACAAGAUGCGCGUCAUGAACGGGCGCGCUACUGCCACCACCGUGUUUAUCGGCGACUCGACAACCGACUUGCCUAGCAUGCUCAGCGCACAUUACGGCAUCAUCAUGAAGAGCGAGACCGACUUUGAAGCGUCGUCCAUCAACAUGUGCAUCCAGACCACCCGUCCGCCGAUCUCCAAACUCUACACCGACCAUACAGAGUUCCUAGACCAGAUCGCAACCAUCGACGCCGACAAGCGCGGAGUGCUCGUUCGCGUCGAUGACUGGAUCCAGGCCCUCGCAGUCAUCCAGGCGAUCGAGAAGCACUCUUCGUCCACAUAG